CCGAGCCACGUUUAGUUGCUCUGCUCCAGCCCAGCUUCCUGAAGUCACAGGGGACCAUGAGGGAAGGGGUCAGCUCUGCCUGUGCCAUGCCAAGGAUGUUCCUGCUGAUUAAAAGGAUCUUUGGGAGCCAUCCUGUGUGCUGUCCAAAUGGAUCCAGUCCACUGACAGAGGAUGAUGUUAAGCCUCACACCCUGAGCAAACCCUGGAAUGAGCAGCAACAACCAGCCGUGGUGGAGACAAAGAAGACUCCUGAGCCCCAAGCCAAGGGGACCCGUGCUAUAUCAGGCUGUCCAAGGCAUGUGAGGAUUAAAAACUGGGGCAAUGGAAUGACAUUCCAAGACACUCUACACCACAAAGCCAAAUUGGCUAUUGAUUGCCAGUCCAAGACUUGCCGUGGGUCAAUCAUGACCCCCAAGAGUAUGACAAGAGGGACUAGAGACAGCCCGAUCCCUCCAGGAGAGCUUCUACCUCAAGCCAUCGAGUUUGUCAACCAGUAUUACGGCUCCUUCAAAGAGGCAAAAAUAGAGCAGCAUUUGGCCAGACUGGAAGCAGUAACAAAGCAGAUAGAAACAACAGGAACCUAUCAGCUGACGGAAGAUGAGCUCAUCUAUGCAACCAAGCAGGCCUGGAGAAAUGCCCCUCGGUGCAUCGGGAGGAUCCAGUGGUCAAACCUGCAGGUGUUUGAUGCUCGGAACUGCACAACAGCCAAGGAGAUGUUUGAGCACAUCUGUCAGCACAUCCGCUAUGCAACCAACAAUGGAAAUAUCAGGUCUGCCAUUACCAUCUUUCCCCAGCGGAGUGAUGGGAAACAUGACUUCCGGGUCUGGAAUGCUCAGCUCAUUCGAUAUGCUGGCUACCAGUUGCCAGAUGGCUCCAUCGUAGGCGAUGCUGCUAGCAUUGAAUUCACUCAGCUGUGUAUAAACUUGGGAUGGGUGCCCAAAUAUGGCCGCUUCGAUAUCUUGCCUCUUGUGUUACAAGCCAAUGGCCAGGAUCCAGAGGUCUUUGAUAUCCCGAAAGACCUUGUCCUUGAGGUGGCUAUAGAACAUCCCAAGUAUGAGUGGUUCAAAGAGCUGAAUCUGAAGUGGUAUGCUCUGCCUGCCGUGGCCAACAUGCUCCUGGAAGUGGGUGGCCUAGAGUUCCCCGGGAGCCCAUUUAAUGGCUGGUACAUGGGGACUGAGAUCGGUGUCCGAGAUUUCUGUGAUGUCCAGAGGUACAAUAUCCUAGAGGAAGUUGGAAGGAGGAUGGGUCUGGAAACCCACAAGUUGGCUUCUCUCUGGAAGGACAGAGCAGUGAUUGAGAUCAAUGUGGCCGUGCUGCAUAGUUUCCAAAAACAAAACGUCACCAUCAUGGAUCACCACUCCGCAGCGGAAUCCUUCAUGAAAUAUAUGCAGAAUGAACACAAGUCUCGAGGCGGCUGCCCGGCAGAUUGGGUCUGGCUGGUCCCACCCAUCUCUGGGAGCAUCACCCCUGUGUUUCAUCAGGAGAUGCUAAACUACAUUCUUUCUCCUUUCUACUACUACCAGGUGGAGGCCUGGAAAACCCAUGUCUGGCAUGAUGAGAAGAAGAGGCCCAAGAAAAGAGAGAUCAAAUUAAAGGUCGUGAUCAAAGCAGUGUUCUUUGUCUCCGUCCUGAUGCGCAAGAUCAUGGCAGCUCGGAUCCAAGCCACAGUGCUCUUUGCGACGGAGACAGGCAAAUCAGAAACUCUGGCCAGGGAUUUGGGAGAGUUGUUCAGCUGCGCUUUCAACGCCAAGAUUCUCUGCAUGGACGAAUACAAACUGAGUGACCUAGAAAAAGAGAAGCUACUUCUGGUGGUUACCAGCACUUUUGGAAAUGGGGAUUCUCCUGGGAAUGGUGAGAAACUGAAGAAGUCCCUGCUUCUCCUGAAAGAGCUAAAAAAUAAAUUCAGAUAUGCUGUAUUUGGUCUUGGCUCCAGCAUGUACCCCCAGUUCUGUGCCUUCGCCCAUGAUAUCGACCAGAAGUUUUUGCAGCUAGGGGCCUCUCAACUUGCACCCACCGGCGAAGGAGAUGAACUCAGUGGCCAAGAUGAGGCCUACCGCAGCUGGGCACUGCAUACCUUCAAGGUGGCCUGUGAGACCUUUGACAUCCAAGCCAGGCAAACAAUUCAGAUCCCCAAAUUGUAUACUACCAAUGAAACCUGGAACCCUGAAAAUUACCGCCUUGUACAAGAUCCCCAGCCCCUGGACCUCAACAAAGCCCUUAGCAGUAUGCAUGCCAAGAAUGUGUUUUCCAUGCGGCUCAAAUCGAGACAGAAUCUGCAGAGUCUCAAAUCCAGCCGGGCAACCCUCCUCGUUAAACUUUCCUGUGAAGAAAAUGAGAAUCUGAAUUAUGUACCAGGAGAGCAUCUUGGGGUUUUUCCUGGCAACCAGCCCACCCUAGUUCAGGGUAUUAUAGACCGAGUUAAGGAUGGCCCAUCACCUCACCAACCCAUCCGCCUAGAAACCCGCAAUGAGAAUGGUGAUUACUGGAUAAGUGAUAAGAAGCUUCCCCCCUGCUCGCUCAGCCAGGCCCUGACGUAUUUCCUGGAUGUCACUACCCCCCCAACCCAGCUGCUGCUCCGAAAGCUGGCUCAGCUGACCACCUCAGAGGAAGAGAAAAGGCAGCUGGAGGCACUGUGCCAGACCUCUGAAUACAAUAAAUGGAAGUUCACCAACAGUCCCACAUUCCUGGAGGUGCUGGAAGAGUUUCCCUCCAUCCAGAUCUCAGCUACUUUCCUGCUCACGCAAUUGCCCCUGCUGAAGCCCCGCUACUAUUCCAUAAGCUCAUCUCGGGACCUCACCCCCAAGGAGAUCCACCUGACCGUGGCUGUGGUCACUUACCGGACCAGAAAUGGUCAGGGCCCCCUCCACCAUGGGGUCUGUAGCACAUGGCUCAGCAAUCUGAACCUCCAGGAGACGGUACCCUGCUUCGUACGCAGUGCCAGCGGCUUCCAACUGCCAGAGAACCCCAGCCACCCCUGCAUUCUUGUGGGUCCAGGUACUGGGAUUGCACCCUUCAGGAGUUUCUGGCAACAGCGACUGGUGGACAAAGAGAAGAAAGGUAUCAAGACGGCCAGCAUGACCUUGGUGUUUGGAUGCCGACACCCAGACCUGGAUCACCUGUAUCGAGAGGAGAUGAAGGAGAUGACGCUGAAGGGGGUGCUCCAGGAUGUCUACACAGCCUACUCCCGCCAGCCUGGCCAGUCCAAAGUCUAUGUUCAGGAUAUCCUGAGGCAGAGAUUGGCAGAUGAGGUGAUCCGGGUACUACAUGAGGACAAAGGGCACCUGUAUGUCUGCGGGGAUGUGAGGAUGGCCCGGGAUGUGGCCCGAACUCUGAAGGAUCUCUUUGCCACCAGACUGAAGAUGAAUGAAGAGCAGACUGACAACUAUUUCUUCCAACUCAAGAGCCAGAAGCGAUACCAUGAAGACAUCUUUGGGGCUGUCUUUCCCUACGAGGUGAAAACUGACCCAGCAGCAUCAAAAGCUGAGGAGGCCAAGAUCCCUAAGGCACAACUCAGCUAGAGCUGCUGCAGAGGGAU